AUGAGGGCCAUCAGAACACUGUGCUCUCGUGCUAGGCCGCUACGGGUCGCUUUCUUCGGCUCUGACGAGUUCAGCAUACUCUCACUGAAGAAGCUCGUUGAAUUGAAAGAAAAGGGAAUAGUCGAUGCUGUUGACGUUGUAGCUAAGCACCCAAAGUAUACUGGGAGGGAUCUGAAGGAACUAAGGGACGUUCCAAUAGCAACGGUGGCCACGGAAUUGAGCCUGCCUGUUGUCAGAGCAGAGUCCAAUGCCGAGAUCAACGAGCUUGCUGCAAACCACUACUCAAUGGCCAUUGCUGUGUCGUAUGGUAAGUUGAUCCCGAAGACGUUCUUACUCUCGGUGCCAUAUUCACUGAACCUCCAUCCUUCGCUGUUACCACGAUACUCAGGCGCAAGCCCUCUACAGUUUGCUCUCUUGAACAAUGACAGGGAGACUGGGGUGACGGUACAGACGUUGCACCCUACUGAGUUCGAUAGAGGUGCCAUUGUUGCGCAGAGAGGUGGCAUUGAGAUCAGCAGAGACGAGACUCUGAAGUC